UGAGAUUUGUAAAUUAUUGUUUAUUGUAUAUAUAUUUUUUAAAUUAAAUACAUAGAAAUAGGAACAAAACUGAAAAGUUCGAGAUGAAUGAAAAAACUGAAGAUAUAUUGAAAUUAGUUUCACAAAAUGGUAUGGACAAAAUUUGCAGAACUUGUUUACAAGAAGUUCACAACGACUAUUUCGAUUUUGAGGGCUAUUACAAUGAGAGAAAAAUUUUGGAAAUUUAUAUUAACGUAACUUCUGUUGAGGUUAACGUUGAGGAUCUUUUACCUAAGAAAAUAUGCACUAAUUGCUAUAAUGAAGUCGUUAAAUUUGAUAUAUUCAAAACUAGAGCUUUAGAUUCAGAAAGGACGUUAGAAAUUGUGUUGCUGAAGUUGAAAGAGGCUCAAAUACAACAGUAUCCAUCCGAAUCAAAUGAAGUUUUUUAUAAACAAGAAGACGAAUGGCCUACUAAUAAUUUUUUUGAUAAUAAUAGUGAGGAUGAAUCCGCAGAUGAUCUUCCUCUUUCAACGAGACUGAAACUUGAACAAAAUAAUCAAAACACUAUUCUUGAACAUCAAAAUAAUGUAGAGUAUUCUAGUAAACCUACACUACGUAAGAAACGGAUUAAACAAUUAAAACAUAACGAUGACAAUAGCAAUAAUCCAAAAAAAAGAAAAGUGCAGAGAAGAAAAGAUAUUUGUAAGCACUGUGGCAAAUUAAUACUAACUUACAAAAUGUCCAGCCAUUUGCGAACACAUACCAAAGAGAAACCGUACAGUUGUGAGAAAUGUGGUAUUUGUUUUUCUGAGAAAAGCAAUCUUAAUAGGCAUUUAAAAAUUCACGGACAAGUUAAGCCACAUACUUGUGAAAUUUGUGGAAAAGGUUUUUUGAGACACUCAAGUCUUGCAAUUCAUCUGGUAGCUGCACAUAACAAAGAAAAAAAUGUUUUUUGUCCGACUUGUGGAAGGCCAUUUAAGCAUCAAUUUUUCUUAAACAGACAUAUAGUAAAUAUGCAUAGUAAAAAAGAAAAUGUAGAAAAUGAAGUAAAUGAUCUGGUAACGAAUGGACAUAAAAUUGAGGGUCAAUCUCCAUAUCAAUGUCCAAUUUGUGGGAAUUUUUACAGAACAAGGUCUAGUUUUAAAGUACAUAAGUUAAGACAUGAAGUACCUAAAGCAUACCUCUGUAAUAUAUGCGGUAACAGGUAUUCAACUAAAGCUAUAUUAAAACACCAUCAAAUGGUACACACUGGAGAAAAAAAUUAUAGUUGUGUUUUAUGUGGAAAAAAAUUUAGAUUUUAUCCUUCACUGAAAACACAUAGCUUGAUUCAUACUGGAGAAAAGCCAUUAAAUUGCCAUAUAUGUAACAAGCAGUUUAGGCAACAUGCUCACUUAAACACACAUAUUAAGGGGCAACAUACCGCAGACAGGCCCUUUAAAUGUACUUUCUGUCCUAAAACGUUUAAACAAAGUUGCAAUCUUGUGGUGCAUACAAGGAUACACACCGGUGAAACCCCUUAUCUCUGUGAUAUUUGCGGUAGAGGAUUUUACGAUUCCAGUAGCUUGAAAAAACACAAAAAGGCCCAUAUUCUGGCAAAGUCGGAGAUUUCCGACGACUGGCACAAACAUGAAAUGGAAAUUAAUGAAAUGGGCGUGAAAGAAAUUGAACUUACCAAACUACACAACUUUUAAUUUUGUUUAAAGUUGCAACCAGAUUUUCAGAUGAUAUUAUUUUGUAUAGUUUUAAAACAGUCAAGUAUUAUUCUAUUUAUUUUUAUGUAUUAUAUUGUAUAGUUUUUUUUUACUUACUUGUAUAAGAAUUUAAAUUGCAAUAAUAAUAAUUUUUGAAAUUAUAAGGUUAAUAAAUGUUUAUACAUAAAACUAUUCAUAUAGAUCAUACCAAAGUCACGUGAUUAAGCUUGACCGGCACAGCGUUGCCCAUAUUUUCUUUGAAUCAAAACAUUUUCGGAAACAAAAAUAAAUUAAUUAUAAAUACA